CAGGCUGCGCGCAGAGCCCGCCCCAGCACAGCUGGAGCAGCUGGGGCCAGGCGGUCUCCCCGCACGGCUCCCCCGCAGGCUGCGUGCAGAACCCGCCCCAGAGCAGCUGGGGCUGGAGCUGGAGCAAGUUCGGCUCCCCGCAAGGCUGCGUGCAGAGCCCCCCGUACAGCGCGCCGUACAGAAGCGGCAGCUGGGCUUCUACCCCCGUUCAGGGCAGCUUCGGCGGCGCCAACGCCGCGUGGCCGAGCCCUUCUUCUGCACUGUCUGGGGCGCAGGGGCUGCCGGGGGCCGCGCCGCCUGCGCCGUGGACGCCAGGAGCUCUGGAGCCCGGCCCUGGCCUGCGGCCGCCGAGCACCGAGGCGGUCCUUCGCAGCGUGCGGGAGCGCCUGGAGGCCCGGAUGCGCCAGG